CAGAGUGAGGUCGUCAAAGUAACGACUUCCUGUUAAAAACCAUUUUACUCUUCUUCAAUAUUCUUCUUUCAAGUAUAACUUGUGAAAAUGGCCGAGAUGGACCCAGAUGUUGCUAAACACUUGUUUUCCGAGGGUGGAAUGUUGUUAAUUUUUGACGUUCCCAAAGGAACGGAGUUUGGCAUCGACUACAAUUCUUGGAAGGUUGGCUCAAAGUUUAAAGGAGUUAAAAUGAUUCCCCCUGGAAUUCACUUCGUGUUUUACAGUGCUGUUAGUAAAGAAGGACAAACUGCACCAAGAACUGGUUUCUUUUGCUCCUUGGAGAAAAGGCACGUUUUGGUGAAGAAGUGGGACAGAGAGGUUGAAGAUGUUGUUCAGGGAGACGAGAGUAGUGAAAAUAUAGAACGUAUUAGAACAGGUAUGGAGGAAUUAGACCAGUACUUGGGUGCAUACCCUUAUGACAGUUACAAAAAAUGGCUGUCACUCUCUGAUAAAAUAAGCCAGCCGCUUCUAGAGCGAUUACAGCCAACAUGUGGCAAGAUAUCAUCUGUUACUCAAGUGCCUUCACAUGAAGAAUUCAGAUCAGAAGCAUCAAAGAUGGAAAUCGAUGAAGAAAAUCUAAAUAUUUCCUUUGAACAAAGUCCUGAAAAUAAAAUCAGGUUCACAGAGAUUCCUAAGAGACGGUAUCCUGAGGGAAGCAGCCCGGUAGAAAUUACUCGGCACAGUUUAGACUCUACUUAUAUCUUGGAAUGCAUGAUAAGUCAUAUGACAGAUAAAAUGGAAAUACUUGGAGAGUUGCAGUUUGCAUUUGUUUGUUUUCUUUUGGGGCAAGUUUAUGACGCAUUUGAGCAUUGGAAAGGUCUCGUUCAGGUGCUGUGUACGUGUGACGAUGCCCUCACUAAACAUCCUGAUCUAUUUCAUGCAUUUAUCGGAGUCCUUCACUUCCAACUGCUUGAGGCACCCAAAGAUUUCUUUGUUGAUAUUGUCACUAAAAACAAUUUUCUGACAGUAACUUUACAGGUAUUUUUUUCAAAUCUAGAAACUUCUGCCAACGUUGAUGAAAACUUAGUAAAGAAGGCACAGCGUUUUCGCAAGCACCUGACCAAGAGAUUCAAGUGGGAUUUUGAAAGUGAGCCAGAUGAGUAUGAACCAGUUAUAGUUGAGACCUGAAUUCUUUAGUCUACAGGGUAACUUGUAACGGAACCUACUCCUGGAUUCAAUAAUUAAUACUCCUGGAACAUUAACAAAUGAAAAAGAAAAUAAACUUUGGGUAGACAUUAAGAUUUUCAUGGUAUUUCCUUCCAAGAAUGUAUCUAAAUUUCCAGGAAUUGAAAUACUAAACAAGUGCAAGCUAUAUGUUUCUUGCAUGCUAUUGAAGAAUGCAAUAGUCCAUGGUAUAUUAUGAGUAUAUUAUGAAUAUACCAUGUCUGUGGAACACAAUAAGUAAUGUAUGGACUAGCUACUAGAAUUCUUUUUAAUUUGUAUAGACCAUGGUAUAUUAUGAAUAAAUCAUGUCUAUGGGACAA